AACCCAGGCACGGAAACGUCAAUCACGGAAGCAAACGGCAGCCCGGCCCAAAUUCCUGGCAGCAACAGCAGCAGCCGCCGGCGCCGGGAGAGGAGCGAGCAAGAAUGGCGGCGGCGGCCGUGGCAGCGCGGGCGUACGAGGCGGCGACGCGGUCCGCGCUGGCGGCGCUGGAGCGCAACCUCCUGCCCGACGCGGUCACCCGGCGGCUCACGCGCCUCCUGCUCGCGCAGCGCCUCCGCCUCGGCUACCUCCCCUCCGCGCCGCUCCAGCUGCAGGACCUCCUCCUCUUCGCCCACUCGCUUGAAGGCAUGCCCAUUGCCAUUGAAACGGACACAGCUAAAACCCAACACUACGAGUUGCCGACCACAUUCUUCAAGCUAGUGCUCGGGAAAAACCUCAAAUACAGCUCAUGUUACUUCCCUGAUGAUUCGAGCACCCUAGAAGAUGCUGAGGUUGCAAUGUUGGAGUUGUAUUGUGAGAGGGCGCAGCUGCAAGAUGGCCAAAGCAUCCUUGAUGUUGGAUGUGGAUGGGGAUCCCUCUCUCUAUACAUCGCAAAGAAAUAUAGGAACUGCAAUAUUACGGGGAUAUGCAACUCAACAACUCAAAAGGCUUUUAUAGAAGAGCAGUGUAGGGAAAAUGAGCUAUCCAAUGUUGAGAUAAUUGUAGCAGACAUCAGCAAGUUUGAGAUGGAACAUUCUUUUGACAGGAUCAUAUCCAUAGAGAUGUUUGAGCACAUGAAAAACUACAAGGCACUUCUUAAGAAGAUAUCCAGAUGGAUGAAAGAGGAUUCCUUAUUGUUUGUUCACUACUUCUGCCACAAGACAUUUGCGUAUCACUUUGAGGACAAGAAUGAUGAUGAUUGGAUCACAAGGUAUUUCUUCACUGGAGGAACAAUGCCAUCAGCAAACCUCCUUCUCUACUUUCAGGAAGAUGUAUCCGUGGUCAAUCAUUGGCUUGUCAGCGGCACACAUUAUGCUAGAACUAGUGAGGAGUGGCUGAAACGUAUGGACAAGAACAUCACUACCAUAAGGCCAAUCUUCGAGAAGACUUACGGGAGGGAAUCGGCUACUAAAUGGAUUGCUUACUGGCGGACAUUCUUCAUCUCAGUCGCUGAACUUUUUGUGUAUAACAAUGGCGAUGAAUGGAUGGUUGCACAUCACCUGUUCCGAAAGAAGUAGAAGUACCGCUGGACAUUUCUGGAGCGAAGUAGAAUUAUAUGUUGAGAAUCAUCCAUCACAGAGGCUGUACCUAGUAAUAUUUUUUUUUCUGUGUUGAACGGUUAUCUUCCUUGAAUAAAUUGUACUUCAGUGUUCUGGUACUUCA